UCUGAGCAUUUUACAUUUUCGAUCGAGUUGUCUACUAAAUUCAACAUUUUCCACUAAAAUGAGCGGCCUUCCGAGAGAGAUUUUAAAGUGGAUCCAAAGCUUAGACCUCACACAUCCAGUUAGAAAUACAAGAAGAGACUUUUCAAAUGGCUAUCUCGUGGCCGAGAUAUUUUCCUGGUAUUUUCCCCAAGAGGUUACAAUGCAUUCGUACGACAAUGGCACAUCGUUAAAGACUAAACUUGGUAACUGGUCACAGCUUCAAAGAUUUUUCAUAAAUCAAGGUUUUGAYAUACCAAAAGAAGUAGUUGAUGGUACGAUCCACUGUAAACCAAGGGCARCAGCAACACUGAUAGAAAAAGUUUACUCUUUACUUACCAACAGACAAAUCAAAAGUACAAACAUGGAAGAUGAUGAACUUGACUUUACAGAYAARACRUACCAAUCACAGUUACCYGCUCAUGCUAGGUCCACAGCUUCAAUGGCCAUCAAAAAUAACAUCUCCAAUACAGAGUUAUUUACAGAUCCAGAUAGGAUACUAUGCCAACAAAAGGCACAGGAAAUUAUCAACAACCAUGUGGAACGUAGACGGCAAGAAAGAACAGAAGACCCAUGUCGGUUUGGAAUCAAACCAACACUAGGUGAAUUAUGCCCCAGAAUUGCACAAAGACCCAGUGUUAAGGACAGGGAUGACAAAACAUUAGUGCAGACUGAACAAAUAUCAGAAAAUAGUUCAAGUGCCAAUGAAGAUCAAUCAAUUCCAUUUACUGAAAUACAAGUGAAUCAGUUGCCAAAUGGCAGUAUGCCAGGCUCUCUCCAACAUGGAGCUAUGUAUUCAAUGGUUCACUAGUGGUUGACUAGUUAUCCACCAAAGGCAGAUAUAUGGA